UUUUUAGUUGCAAUGUCAAGAAUUCCUAUCGGUUUGAUACAACAAAUAGCAACAUCACUAUCAAGAGCAUUUAGAAAGACAUUUCAAGAGGAAUACUUGGCAGCAAAGCAAAAUCCAAAGAAAUGGGAGGCUGCAGCCGUGUCAAACUUCGGCAACAUGGAUUUGAGUGAGGCAAAGAAGAUACUUAACUUGGAUGCGAUAGAUGAUAGGGAGGCGCUGCAGGAAGCAACAGAUCAACUUGUAGAGAUGAACGAUAAGAAGAACCCCAAGAAUAAAAAUGUUGGAUCCGUUUACUUACAGAGUAAAAUUUUAAAUGCAAAAGAACGGAUAGAAUAUGAGCUUGAUAACGCAGAGGCUAAAUAACGCUUGCUGGUUUUGGAGGAUCAAAUUUCACCCAAUCUCCUAAUCAGUGUCAGCCGUCUGGUGGAUGACUUUCAUACAUUUCCUGCAACAAGUUGACCCGGGAACCAAACGAGAAUCUUGGCUUUAGUUCCGUAUCUGGUAAUACCGAACACUCCGGACACGUGAUAGUUGCUAAUAAACACAGUGCACCCUCCUCGGGACAGUCAAGUAUAUUUAAGUUUUAAAUCGUUUAACUUCAUUAUACUCAAUUCUGCAUUUUUAAACAUUCACUUAAUUUAUACAGAUUAAUUGCAAUUCUUCCUGAUGCUCAAUCUAGCCUAGCUGCGAUUGUAAAGAACAUGCAUGAGACGAAGAAUAUUAUGUCUUUAAUCUCAUAACACCGUAAUAAUAUUCACAUAAAUAGCAGCCGUGAUAGAAAAUCAUUUGUCAUGCACAUUCUGUAAAGUCUCCUCAUUAUGUGCAGAUUGAGUCAAGGAGAUGGAAAAAAAAACAUGGGCUGAUAAUAAUCUAACUUAUAUUUUCUAAUUUGUGUUUUAUAUUUUACUAACUUAUUUGCUCUGUAUUCGUAAAAUAUAAUUUAAUUUAUGA